GUUUCGCCGAAGAUGCUCGCCGCACCGUAGGGCUGACGGUCACUGGCAGGCGCACUUCCGUUUCCGGUGACUGUCGGGAGCCAUGGCGACCCGGAGAGAGCUGCGCUUCGUACUGACGUUAGGCCGGUGGUGCCGCAGCCUCCCGGGACCCCGGGCCCGUGCUUUCGCGGCGGUGGUGCCCGGUGUGACCCAGGUGGAUAACACGUCCGACUUUCUGGGGAAGAAGCCGCAUCGCCAGCACCCCGGCAUCCUGCACCUUCCGCACGUCCGGCUGCCGCGGGCGCUGGUUGACGCCGCUCAGUUGCUGCUCCUCGAAAGAGCGGUGCCCAGUCUAGAGAAGCAGGUGCAAGCACUAACCAAUCAUCUCUGGAGCCGACAUUUGCCGGUGGAACCAGAGGAGUUGCGGAAACGGGCUGCCCAGCUUGAGAAAAAAAUCAUUGAAAAUUCAGACUCAACCCUGACAGAGGAGAAGCUUUGUGGAGCAGUACUACAUGCCCUUCGCAGAACUACCUACCAUUGGCAGAAGCUGAGCUACAAUGAAGAACUGAGCCUGAUCUACAUGGCGGCAAGACUGGAUGGUGGCUUUGCAGCGGUUUCCAGGGCGUUCCAUGAGAUUCAGGCUCGAAUUCCAGAGUUCCAGCCACAAACUAUAAUGGACUUUGGCUCUGGCACUGGUUCUGUUACCUGGGCUGCUCACAGUACUUGGGGCCAGAGCCUCCGGGAAUACAUGUGUGUCGAUAGUUCAACAGCCAUGCUGGGUUUGGCUGAGAAGCUGCUGAAAGGUGGCUCAGAGUCAGGGAAGCCUUACGUUCCAGGUGUCUUUUUCAGACAGUUUCUACCUGUGUCACCCAAGGUCCAGUUUGAUGUAGUGGUAUCGGCCUUUGCCCUAAGUGAGCUACCCAGCAGGGCUGAUCGUGCUGAGGUAGUUCAGACCUUGUGGCGCAAGACAAGCCAUUUUCUGGUAUUACUGGAGAAUGGAACAAAAGCCGGGCACCGACUUCUCAUGGAUGCCAGGAACCUGGUCCUUCAGGGAAAAGAGAAGUCACCUGUGGACCCUCGACCUGGCUUUGUCUUUGCCCCAUGUCCCCAUGAACUUCCUUGUCCUCAGCUGACAGCCUCCAAGCCCCUGGCCUGUAGCUUCUCGCAGGCCUAUCAUCCCAUCCCCUUCAGCUGGAAUAAGAAGCCGAAGGAGGAAACAUUCUCUGUGGUGAUCCUUGCCAGGGGAUCGCCAGAGGAGGCUAAUCGCUGGCCCCGUAUCACUCAGCCCAUCCUUAAACGGCCUCGCCAUGUGCACUGUCACCUCUGUUGUCCAGAUGGGCACAUGCAGCAUGCUGUCAUUACAGCCCGCCGGCAUGGCAGGGAUCUGUACCGCUGUGCCCGCGUCAGCUCCUGGGGAGACCUUUUGCCUGUGAUCACUCCAUCUGAGUUUCCUCUGUCUCCUGCUGAAGAUCCCCUGAACCUUGACAAGGAUGUAUAACAAGUAUUUCCUCCCAUCAUACCUGCCCAGGCUGAAGCUUCCUGGUAUCCAGGAAGGGACUGCUGUACCCGUUUCCUCUAUUUGUUUGAAAUGUUAAUAAUAAAUUUUUCUUUUUUUAUUGAU